GGCGGCGGCGCCGUGCGCACUCGGCACAUUGCUCGGCAGCGGCGGAGCCCUUCCCCGGAGCAGCGGGAGAGCGCCUGGCGGCGGCGGGCAUUGCCAGCACAGGCGGCGGACAGCAGCAGCGGCCGGGUCGGCGCGGAGAGAGAAGCACACCGGUCAGCCGUGCUCCGGCCGGAGGAUCGCGAGUUUGUGCGCUGGACUGCGCUGUCUCUGAGAGGUCUGCACUGCUCCCACCGCUCGGGAGAGCGGGUUUUUUGUUGAUGAGCGUCUGAUGGGACUACGUCACCAGCGAAGGGAAUACUCAAGGCAAAGGGAAACGGUGAGGCCCAGCGGCGACGAUGACGGAGUACAAGCUGGUGGUGGUGGGAGCUGGAGGCGUGGGGAAGAGCGCUCUGACCAUCCAGCUCAUCCAGAACCACUUUGUGGAUGAGUAUGACCCAACGAUAGAGGACUCCUACAGAAAGCAGGUUGUGAUCGAUGGGGAAACAUGUCUGCUAGACAUCCUGGACACAGCAGGUCAAGAGGAGUACAGCGCCAUGAGAGACCAGUACAUGAGGACUGGAGAGGGCUUUCUCUGUGUGUUUGCUAUCAAUAACACCAAAUCCUUCGAAGACAUCCAUCAGUACAGGGAGCAGAUAAAGCGGGUGAAGGAUUCUGACGAUGUCCCCAUGGUGCUGGUGGGCAACAAGUGUGACCUCCCGGCACGGACUGUGGACACGCGGCAGGCCCAGGAGCUGGCCCGGAGUUACGGCAUCCCCUACAUCGAGACGUCGGCCAAGACCAGACAGGGCGUGGAAGACGCAUUUUACACUUUGGUCCGGGAGAUUCGCCAGCACAAACUGCGGAAGCUGAACCCCCCUGAUGAGAGUGGGCAGGACUGCAUGAACUGCAAGUGUGUGGUGUCAUGACCACGUUUACAGGGUGGCAAAGGAGCAGUCUUUCAGAACAGCGCGGCAGAAUGGACUUGAACGGAAGAGCUGUGAGCGGAGAAGAGGAGGAAAAGCAUCGGGACUAACUGUUGGAAGGGGGGUCUCUCCUGAUUUGGGAGCCCUGGAUUCAGUUCAUGUCUGCUUGACGCACAACACAGGACACAGCUACUUGUUCCCAUGUGUGUUGCACUGUGGGGAAAUGGGAAUCACGCUUAAAUUAUUGUUUUACAGUCACAACACUGGUCUUACCCCGACUGUCACCUCCUUCCAAAAGACUGGAAACUGGUGGCUUCAGAACCUUAUUUCCAAGUCCUUAACAUUGGAAUCCCUCUUCAGACUGCAGCAGUAAGUUUUUGUGACUGUCCCUGAAAGAGUUUUUAGGUGAUUUAUUUAUUUUUAAAGAGGGACUUUUUUAAUAGAAGUUUACCAUGCAAUUCUUUUGUUUUUGAAUUUGCAGAUUUGUUAAAAGGGUAUUUAUUCUUAAAAUCUGCCUCAUAAUAGUUUUAUUACUUCUUACAUUUGUUUUGGGUGGUAGCCAGUUCUCAGUUUGACUGCUGCUAGGAAGGCGCGUUUCCUUCUGGUUGGCACAAUGAGGGAAGACGUUUUCUUCUUUAUUGCCAUCACUCUUCUUAUGACCACAGACCUCAAAAAAACAAAAUUCAUGAACAGUCAGAAGCUUUUCUGUUUAAGCGGUAGCGGUCUAGUAGGCUCUACUGCUUUGAUAGGUAUAGACACAUUUUAGUCUGGGUAGGGAUGGGGGUGUUAUUAUUGCUAAAGAAUGCUGGAGUUUCAUUUGCUGGAAUUGGACACCCAGACCCUACUUAAAUGCAAACUUCUAUAAUUGUACUGAGCAAUAGUCCUAGCAGACUUUAUUUCAGGUGUUGGGGGAAAAAAAGCUCUGAGUCAUAUCCUUAAAACCUGAGAGAGCUGCAGAUGUGUCAUGGUGCAUGGGACAGUGAGUUGGUCUUUCUUAGGGUUAGGGCAUCUCAUCAAGGGGAUCUUGAAAUCUACCUGCUGUGUUGGUUUCCUUUUAAAAGUGGAAUCUCCAUUUUGUUGUUAUCCAAUUGCCAGCCAGUCUAGAGCUGCCACGUGCAGCUGGCUCCAGCUCCGGCAGUUUGUGUGGAGAGGAGGCAUCUGCAGGCAAGCUGCUCCAACCUGUCCCAGCCUUCCCACCUUUCGACCUAAAACAAGCGCCACAGUCCAGUACAGGAGAGCUUGCGCUGAUUGCAGGAGCAAAAUCUCUUUUAUAGAUGUAUAAAACAAAUCACAUAUUUCUGUUUCAGCGAAAACAAAGACAACCCUAGCCAGCUCGUGCCAUCUUCCCAAGCUGGUGCUCUGCCCAUAGUGUGCCACUGCAUGGGGAGUCUCAGAGUGGUAUGGCCUAUGCCUGAACCAGUGAUGCUAUUUGCCUGGUCUCUGUGUGACCACCUUUACUGGCUGACUUUGGUUGAUGGCAAAGCUAUACCUAGAAAGACUCCCACACGACAGCCAUUCCGCACCAGUUCACCACACAGCAGAUCAGGUGCAGUGAAGGAUUUUCAAGUAGAUCAGAUUGAGCCUCAUUUGGCCAAGACAACAACAAUCUUUAUCCCGUGGGAUCUUUAAUGGCCACAUUUUGAAGCCAUUGGUUUUGUGUCUCAUCAAAACCAUGCAUAGUAUCGCCUGUCAACAUACUGGGACUUUGGUUUGGAAAAUCGGGACUAGAAAGAAGAAUUACACCUACUGGUCCACCAACAUCACUUUCAGUAAGGACUUGAUUUCCUUAGAGAUCUCCUAUAUCAGAGGUGGCAAGGUGGUUUGUAUUGCUGUCUGGCAGUGCCGGGGCCCCGAGUUCAAUUCCGAUCACAACCCGGGUUGCCGUCUGCAUGGAGGUUGUAUGAUCUCGCCUCGUUCACCUGGAUUCCUUUCUGUUGCUCCGGUUUCCUCCCACAGUCCAAAGACAUGCUGGUGGGUUGAUUGGCUUCUGGGAAUUUGACAUUAAUGCAAGUGUGCAUGUCUAUCUAGGGUGUAUCCUGCCUUCCGCCUAUUGCUUGCUGGGAUAGGCUGGGGUUCCCCCACGACCCUGAAUUGGGUAAAGUGGUUAGAAAAUGGCUGGAUGGAUGAAUUCCUUUAUCAGGCCCAGGCUCGCUCAGGCUCUGUGAUGCUAUCAGGCUGUGAAGUUGGUGAUGCUGCUGUUUGCUGAUUUUUACCUUAGUGGUUAUAUCACAUCUUUCCCAUUUCACUAAAGAGGUGAUGAUUAAAUGUUCAAAUUCAACUGUGAUUGCUGAGAAAAUGUUGACAUAUCUGUUUACCCUAUAACAGAAGAUGUAAUGACCAUUUAAAAUAACAUUUUGUCUGACAUUUUGGAUAGGCAAAAAAGUCUAAUAUUAGUCUAAAAACAUCAGUUUCUCUAUAUUGGAAACAAAUUCAGUGUUGAAUUAAUAGCUCUUUUUCUUUUUAGGUAGUUUUAUUAUUUAGCUAGCUUCAAGCUCAGCACGAAUACAUUGAUUCUCAGCAACAAACCAAGAGACCCUCAUCAGAACACUUUUUAAAGCUUCAUGGAGUGCUGACGUUCUGUACAUAACCUUGCUUUCUUCUUUUGUUGAUGGGUCGUUUAUUACAAAAUCUUCCCUUUUGUUUUUGAAACAUGUUGUUGAUGAGGUAAAAUUCAGUUAGUUUUGCAGAGUGAAAAACUCACAAUCAGCAGGCACUCGUCCUGUUUUGUGUAAGAUGUUAAUAAUUCUUAAAGGCAAAUCCAAAAGGUUUGAUGAAUUUAAUAAGAUGUUAAUAAUCAUCAGAAUCAGAGGAACUUGGACAAAAAUUCUUACAAAAUGUCCUUUUGCUAAGGUUGUGCCAGGGAGUGAAUACUGUUUGCUUAAACAGAAUUCUGAUUCUAAGACUUUAGCCAGUUUAACCCAAUUUCACUCCUAAAUACCAUACAUCGCUUCUUAACUGUUCAUUUGGAUUAAGCAUGAAAGGCACCCUAUUUUAAAACUAGUGGGUGCACAGGCAGUUGUCUGUGAUUUAGAGGUCUUGCACACAAAGCUUCUGUAAGUGACAGGACCCUUUGGAGGUACAGAAGUUAUGUUUCUGAUUCACAAAGAUCCAGUAUCCACCAUGAGAAAGCUACCCAGUAAGCUGAGUAAGAGUUCUGUCCACCUGAAUCCUGUCCCAAAAGAACAAGCGGCUCAAAGAUGGAACACAGAUGACAUGCACACAAGUGCACAGGGACAAUGUAGAGACGCCAGUUACCUGGCAAGCAUGUGUUUGAGGUGAAAACAAACUGGAGUGCCCACAGAAAUUGAGCAUGCACAGGGACAGUUUAAAUGAGUCAAAUGUUUAAAUAUUUUAUUUGGAAUUGCAGGAAUAUACCUAAAGUAUCGCUUCUCUUUCCAUAUUCUGCUUGGGCCGGAAGGAUUUUGAUUUAAGUCACUCUCUUCCCUUUAGAAUUUAAUUGUAUAUCUCAACAGAAUGGCCUCAGGAGAUCUUUGUCCAUUGUUUGCGUUUUGUUCCUCAAGUAACCCCUGUCCACUAAAGUGUUUUUCCUGAUCCCAUUUAAACAUUCCAGAUGUUUUAAAUCAGGAAUUUUGAAAGAACACUUCCCCCAAAAUUGUCUUUGCAGGUAACCUAUCAAAAUGCGGCUGCAUAGUCAAGUGUUGAGCUGUUAUCACUUCAUGACAGGCUGCAGAAUUGCAUCACAGUCACAAGACUUAUCUAAAGCAGAUGUGCUAAGAGAAAUACAUUUUUGAUUAUUCUGCACUGGUUUUAAAUGUUUUAUUGAAAGAUUAUAAUGUAAAAAAGGAAAAUGUCUUUGAUUGUACAAAACUGAGUAUGAUUUAAAAUAGAUUGUUUAUCCCUGCAAAACUUUCUGAACAAUGUCCAUAAAACAAACCUUCUUUUACAAUAGUAUUUGUAAGCUGUAUAUAUGUUUAUGUAAGGCCACUAUAACAUUUUGCUUUUCUUUGUUUGGUUUUGAAAUAUAAAAAGGAUACAGCCCUUUCCAGGGUCUCCAAAUUGCUGCUUGUGUUGAAGAUCUAAUUGGCUUUUCUGAGGCAAACUCAGGGGUAUCCAAUGAGAGUGCAUUGUAAGGAUCCAUUGUGCUGUGCCUCAGUUCCUCAGAAUGCCCUGAACUUCCAGGUUUGCUCGUCGCCCAGGAUGUAAGGGUUCAGCGAUCUCUUAAGAGCAGGAGUAAUCGUUUCUGCUACCCUACACAUAGCCUGCAGCAUGCUCCUGCUUUGAAGGGCAAAACUAUUUUGGUCGUCGCAGGUGUGGAUUAACCUGGUGUGAGAGGUUGUCACGGGUCUCCAUGGCAACAGUAGUGCGACUCGUGUUUGUGCUUCACCUCGAGUUAAUGUGAUCCACCCUUCUCAGGGCAUGGGCAUCUUUUUUGUGGGUGUCAACAGAAAUGGGCCCUCCAGUACUGGAGUCGGGGCCCCUCUUUUUGUCAAAAGUAGUUUUGUCAAGACCUUUGCUGUUUUCUGUCCAUCACAUUUCAUAAUUAUACGGUUAAAACCCGUGAGAUGUAUGUCCAUCCUAGGCCUCGUUCUCAAUCCAGCCUGAAAAUUGUCUUCUGGUUUAAAGCCCAAAUGUUAAACAGUAGGAUUUUCUGGGCUUAUUCCAGCAUCUUUUCGGUGCAAAUUCAAAUGCUAAACCUCGCAAAAUGACUGUUCAUUGUCUCUUCUUUAGUGUAUGUAGAUAUUUGCAUCUUUUUUUUUAUUUUAUACAUAUGAUUUCUGAGCCAGUGCAGUGCCGACUUUUUAUUAUAGUAAACUUACAUUUCUGGAACCAUUGUCACUAUAUAACAAAUGAUGUUUUACUAUGAAAAACUGUGGUAUUGUAAGAUUUUAUCUGUACUGUACAUAGCACUACACAAUUUAACCUUAUACAGAAAUGCUACAAUUCCUGGAAAAACAGCCUUUAAAAAAUGUCAUUGUGUCACGUCUCAUUAAUGUGCAUCUUCUGGUUGUCAUGGAGAGGCUAGAAUGUCAGCAGCAGGUGUUUACUGAGUCUUUUAUUCAGUGGGUGUCAAGCUCUCCUCACUACCCUUGAAUCGCACACACCCAAGUACUGUACAUGUGCAGUCAGAAGAAAGUCAGAAAACACCACUGAAGGGAGAAUCUACCCAUGAUUCCUGAGCUGCUUUCUUGACAGAAUAUGACAUUGGAGUUUACAGAGGAUGAACUACGCUAGUAGUUGUUCAUUAUCAUUGUAUUUGACAUGAAAAUGUAAAAUGUCCACGAUAUCCAAAUGUAAGCAAGGUGCUAAUGCCAAACAAUAUAAAAAUGGAUGAGCAUUGUCAAUGUUGAACACAUCUUGCAGUGCAGCCCUUUAAAUCCUAAAUUAUGGUGAAUAUUACUGCUAUACAAUAAGCUGAGAGUCCAGCUUCAUUAUCAAUACAGGAUUAAUGUGAAGACUGUUGACUUAAAAACAGUUCAGUGUUCCUGCAGCCAGAGUUUGUAGGCUGUCCUCGGCUUGCGUAAUUUGGAAAUGGGUGCAUUUUAGACUUCCAGGUCAGGUUAUGCAAUUCUGACCAGGAAUAAGUGACUUACUGUUAGUGGAAAUACUUGAAUAACUUGGAACUAAAAUUUAAUUGGUCAAAAGAGCUUCUAUGACUUUGUCAUUCAACAAUAAGUCAUGGUUCACUUAGAAAAUUAACCCCAAAACAAAAAAUAGCUAUAGUUCAAACAUCAACAUACAGCCUCAUUAAAGAAGGAGCAGGGUGAAUGACCACAGCAUACUGCCGCCCAGCCCAACACCAUGCUGGAGCUCGUGGGGUGUGUUGGCAUACUGUGGCAAGGGAAGUGUACACACAUUGAAUAUGUAAAUAUAUCCCUUUGUAUAUCUAACUGGCUGCAACCUUCACCAGCACUGGUGGGAUGAAGAUGGAUGAAGGGGCAGUAUUUCUGAAAGACUUGUGUGAGCAGCCAAGUUGUGAAUAGAAUUCCUUAAUCCUAUUAAGGAAUGCUUUAAAUUAAAUUAACAUAUCUCCUUCAUAUUUCUUUCUAUAUUCAAUGUAUUCGUUUUAUUAGAACUUAUAAGAGUCUUUCAACUGCUUGCUUAAGCUUUUUUCUACAUUUGCCCUUUCGAAACAUGCAAGUUUUGCCCUUUACUGAGGAUACAACCCCACCUACAGGUUGUACUUUGUAGCUGCAUUUCUCGUAAACAUGACUCCCAUGAUUCAUUAUUAGAACGUUUAUUUAUUAUUUAUUGGUACAAUUGAGUUACUGGACCCUUAUUGCAAUAUUAAAGAAACAGAUCUUUAAAAACUUCAAAAAGUAGUUGCCUUAAGAUAUAUAUAUAAAGAAAUGAAUACAUUUUUUUGGAGAAGCAAGAUUUCCAUGUACAGACCAGGACCGUGGAGUGGAAACUGAACAUCACGUACAGUAUCUGUGUAGUAUAACUUUAUGCGUAUACAAGCCAUCACAGGGUCAUGGUGAACCAAAUGAGCACCCUCUGAUACACCCGGUCUUGUGAACAUGCUCCUCUGCAAUCCCAUUUGUGCUGUGUGUGUUCCAGAAGGAAUUGCUCCAUGAUACGGGUGUACGAAUACAUCAGCUCAUUUCAUGUUUCAAAAACAGUAUGUGUACGUAUACACUGAAAAUGAGAUACGAGAUUCUGCUCAGUGUAAGGAUUUGCUAAGUUUGUGGUGUGUUUAACCGAGUUAUUUUAUGGUUCGCACUCACAAUUUAAACAAAUGUAUUUAAUAAAUCUUACUUAAUGAUUCCAAAAGCGAGAAGUGACAUUGUAAUGUGGGGAAAUGUGUUAGUUUUGUGUUGUUGCAGUGCCUCGUCGGUCACACACAGGUCACUGUUAGAGACAAGGGUCAUGGAAGAAGAUCAUCUCUAUAUCCUGUUUCCAACGAUAUCUUUCAUGAACAUGUGACUGUAGUGAAGCUACAGCUUUAAGAAUAAAAAAAAUAAUGUACACCGC